AUGGUCCGCAUCGUCAAGGCCCUGGGUUUGGUUAUCCUGUGCGUCGCCGUGCUCAUCCUGUCGCUCAUCCGCUUCGUGUCGCUGAGAAGAGACAGCCUGUUCGCCUCCUCCUCCUCCAAAUACGACAUGGGAAGUCCGAGGAUCAUGUUCCACGCAGGAUUUCAGUCUCAAUUUGCCAUGAAUUUCUUGGACCCCUCCUUCAUCCCGUUAACCAACGCCCUGAACGAGGAGCUCCAAGGAAAACCGUCCAAAUGGAAGUUCAACAAGACGGCUUUCUAUCAGCAGAAGAAAGAUAUCUUCGCCUACAUCGACAUUCCCACCAACUUCUCCCUCACGAAGAACAGCGUGCGCGUCGGCCAGCUGAUGCACUUUGACUACUCCAGCCACAAGUACGUGUUCUCCAUCAGCAACAACCUGAAGUCGCUGCUGCCGGACAUCUCUCCCAUCCACAACAAGCACUACAGCAUCUGCGCCGUGGUGGGCAACAGCGGCAUCCUGACGGGGAGCCAGUGCGGCCCGGAGAUCGACCAGGCCGACUUUGUCUUCCGCUGCAACUUCGCCCCCACGGAGAUCUACUCCAAGGACGUGGGCAAGAAGACCAACCUCACCACCUUUAACCCCAGCAUCCUGGAGAGGUACUACAAUAACCUGCUGACCAUUCAAGACCGGAAUAAUUUCUUCCUCAACCUGAAGAAGCUGGAGAGAGCCAUCCUGUGGAUCCCCGCCUUCUUCCUCCAUACCUCGGCCACGGUAACCAGGACCCUGGUGGACUUCUUCGUGGAGCACAAGGGUCAGCUGAAGAUCCAACUGGCCUGGCCCGGAAACAUCAUGCACAACGUCAACAAGUAUUGGAAGACUAAAAACCUCUCCCCCAAACGGCUCAGCACGGGAAUCCUAAUGUACACGCUGGCGUCCGCCAUGUGCGAUGAGAUCCACCUCUACGGCUUCUGGCCCUUCGGCUGGGACCCCAACACGGGCAACGAUCUGCCCUACCACUACUACGACAAGAAAGGGACCAAAUUCACCACCAAGUGGCAGGAGACCCACAAGCUGCCCAGCGAGUUCAAGCUACUCUACAAGCUGCACCGGGAGGGCGUGAUCAAACUCAGCCUGACGCACUGCUCCUAGACACGGGGUGGUUUUUAAGAGGCGACGCCUGGAGAGACCCCCAGAUACAUCCGCUCCCCUCCAACCUCUGAUGUGACCCACGAUGCAUGUUAUAAGUGUUACGGCAAUUUACGGCACCCUCAUUCAACAAACACACACACACACACACACACACAUCACGCUUUAAUUUCACAUGAGGAUGUCACAGACUCAUCACAGCUCAUUUAUUUCGGUAUAUGGUCGUCUUCAGCGCUGCACAGUUAGGACUUUUUAUGCUGCUCUGUGGCUUCCAUUGCUCUCCUUUGCAUGGCUGCUGGCCAGAACUAUUGUAACUGGAGUUCAACACAAAGUCAAAGCUUCCAGUUCCGAUUGAUUGAUAACCUUUUACAACGGUACACUGAUUCUGUGCACUGAAAUCACUGCCUAAUCUCAGGGAAGGAGUUAGAUCAGUGUUUUUUUGUAAUCAGAUUCAAGGCCUCAAGAGAGGUGCAUUUCCUG